UGCCAAAACCUCGAGAGCAGUAGGGCAGGCGCCACCAUUCGCAGAGGGGAGGCGAGCCGGGGCCAAGACGGGCUGUCUCCGGUCUGCACGAAUUCCGGCACACGAGACUUCCAAGGGGGCGGAAGCCAGAAGCGUCGGGUUUCAGAGCGGGGGCGGGGAGCCGCCCCCGCAACCCGCGGCCCUCAUCCCUCAUCCCGAGCGGGAGCGCGCCAUGGGCACCUCGGCCCGCGGGAGCGAGUGGAGGAUGCUGGGAAAGAGGUAACAUGGCCACCGGCGGCGGAGCGGAGGAGGAGCCACAGCGGGGCCGGCCGCAGUUCCCGCUCCCCGCGCGCCUCGCGGCCCGCGCCGAGGAACCGGAGGGCGUCCGCGAGAAGAUGGGCUGGGCCCAGGUGGUUAAGAACCUGGCGGAGAAGAAGGGCGACUUCCGAGAGCCGCGGCGGCGCGACGAAGGAGGCAGCGGUGCGUGUGGCGGGCUCGGCAGCCCCGGGGGCCUGGCCGCCCCGAACCCGGGCGACUUCCCACCUGCCGCUCGCGGGGACCCAAAGGGCCGCCGCAGAGACCCUACGGGUGAGGCGGCAGACGCUUACAGGAAGAAGGGCGCGAGCGGCGCGGGAGACCCGGGUCGAAGGAAGAAGGCCGAGGUGACGGCGGCCAUGGCGACCCCCGCCAGGCCGGGCGCAACCGAAGAUGCAACCGAGCGACCGCUCCAGGACGAGCCACCGGCUGCCGGCCCGGGUAAGGGCCGCUUCCUCGUGCGCAUCUGUUUCCAGGGAGACGAGAGUGCCUGUCCGACCCGGGACUUCGUAGUGGGUGCGCUCAUCCUGCGCUCCAUCGGCAUGGACCCCGACGACAUCUACGCGGUCAUUCAGAUCCCCGGCAGCCGCGAGUUCGACGUGAGUUUCCGAUCCGCCGAAAAGCUUGCCCUCUUUCUCCGCGUCUACGAGGAGAAGCGAGAGCUGGAGGACUGCUGGGAGAACUUUGUGGUUUUGGGGCGGAGCAGGUCCAGCUUGAAGACCCUCUUCAUCCUCUUCCGGAACGAGACCGUGGACGUGGAGGACAUCGUGACUUGGCUCAAGCGCCACUGCGACGUGCUGGCCGUGCCCGUGAAAGUGACCGACAGGUUUGGGAUCUGGACUGGGGAGUACAAGUGCGAAAUCGAGCUGCGCCAGGGCGAGGGAGGAGUGAGGCACUUGCCCGGGGCCUUCUUCUUGGGAGCGGAGAGGGGCUACAGCUGGUACAAGGGGCAGCCCAAGACGUGCUUUAGGUGUGGUUCCCGGACCCACAUGAGCGGCACCUGCACGCAGGACAGGUGUUUCAGGUGCGGGGAAGAGGGGCACCUGAGCCCUUACUGCCGGAAGGUCAUCGUGUGCAACCUCUGUGGCAAAAGAGGACACGCCUUUGCCCAGUGUCCCAAAGCAGUUCACAAUUCCGUGGCAGCUCAGCUCACCAGCGUGGCAGGGCACUGAAGGCGCGUCUGCCUGCCAGGGUGAACACACAGCCAGCUUACCCCUCUUAAGUGCCAAAACUUUUUUUUUUUUAACCAUUUUUUUUUAUCGUUUCGGAUGAAGAUAUUUCUAAAACCUACCAGAGACGUUCUCUCUAUGCCUUUUAAGCCGCGUGUGCUCCUUUUUGGCCUGUUUGAAAUGGUGAAUUUUAGCAGUAAGGACUACUCGGAACCAUUGCGAACAGAUACGUCGCCUGCUUUUUUUUUUCUCUCUCUCCCGUUUUGUAUUUGUUUUUGGUACUUUCGUCCACCUCCUUCCCCACCCUUUAAUUUUUACUACCUCCCUCAUACAUUGUCUCCUUAAAAGAUUUUUUGCCCUUUGGGCCGCCUUGCUCAUCUUAUAUGCCUCAGCCCAGGGUACUGGGCCCAACGCUGGAUAGACACUCUAUCAAGUGUUUUCUCAUUGAAUCAAAACGUUAUUGACUGGCUUCUGUUAAGAGUGUCUACCUUUUGCAGCUCUCUGCUGGGCCCUUUUCAUUUGCUGCUUCUACGUGGUAUCAGACUUUGUGAAAACAGUGUUGCUAGAAGUGUGUAAUCUGAAUAAGCUCUGAAUGGUGGCCAAGGGCCUCCAUGGCAAAAAAAGAAAAAAAAAAAAAGUACCUACAUUGUGACAGCUCCGUGUGGUGGCUGAGAAGCCAUAUUUCUACAGGAUCAUGGAGCCUAGGCUUACCUGCUGGAAAAGACCCAAGAGGUGGUUUUUGUUGGGUUUGGGAGGGAGGUUGCUUUUGGUUUUGUGUUUUGAGGCAGGGUCUCACUGCAUCUCCCUUGGUCGGCGUGGAACUGGCUGCAUUCAUAGAACAGGCUAGCUGCAGACUUGCAGUGAUGCUCCCAACUCUUGCCUUUGCCUCCCUGGACGGUGUUUUAAACUAACCCCUCGGUUUUCCAGCAGAUAAAGUGACCCCAGAGAAGUUAAACGACUGGGACAAAGUACACAGCGUGGUGCCUCAGAUAGCCCGUGGUAGAGUCCCCUGACCCCAAGCCCGGUGCUCAUCCCACUACCUCUCACACUUCACAACAAUCUCCUCACACUGGUGGGCCAAGGGAGUCUGCUCUCCACCGUGAUGAUCCCAGCAGUGUGGAGGAAUCCUCCUGAGAGAGCAGAGAAAGCUUGCCCUACUGCUUGGGAGCUAGGGAAGGACGGGACCAGGAGCACACUCUGGGCUGCAUGAGCCCGUGGAGUACCACAUCUUAAACGUUCCAGGGCCAUCCCCUUCCACUGUGACUGUCACCAGUGAGACACGGUUCCCCUCAGUAAAGAAACUGACCAGACGUUUACAUUUGCACCUCUGCCUCAGCCACUAGGAACCCUAGAGAAGCUCAUCCACAACCUUUAACCUCUGACCCUCAGGAGAAUCAUGAGUGAGCUGUAAACUAGAAAAUGUUCUUGGGGAAACAGGCCAGGCCAGGACCUGGGUCAAUUAAGUGUUGCCAAGUUAAAGUGAAAGACGGUAAACUGCUUUUCUUCAGUUGUUGUCUUCUCUUUGCUGUUUUGCUAUUUCCUUGUGGCUUAGAAUGUAAAAUCAAUUGUUAAGAUUUGUUCUGAAUAAAUAUUUAUCUUUCGUA